GACGACUUAUGACAUCACACUGGGCUACCAUGGCCACGAUGGAAGUGAGCCCUUCAACGGGUACUACUACGUCAACUCCAAGCUAAACGUCCCUUCGCGGUACGUGGCCACCCUGAAGACUAUUCCCAUGCUCACGCCCAGCAGCAUUCUGGCCGUGUUCGGAGGUUACCUGGGCUUCUGGCUCGGUCUGUCCAUCUACAGCGGCGUCACCCAGAUCACGGGCUACGUCCAGGGAGGCAUAAUCCGGAGGCUCAGGAACAGCUUCAACAAAGCCAGCGUGGGCUGCCUGUUCCGGAUGUCCGGCGUACUCUGCCGGGCGGCCUGCGUGUGGUUCUGCGCCAUCCAGGCGCGGUUGGACCUGCACCUGUACCAGUCCUACCCCACGGCCGUCAUGUACGCAGACGAGCGCAUGGAGGGCAUCGAGUUUCCCGCCGUCACCCUUUGCAUGGAGAAAGGGUUCAACUUCACGAGGAUGUGUAAUGAAAACUCCUUCAUGGAUUGCAGCGACAACGACUCCCAACGCGUGGUGGGAAGCUACCUGGACGUCACGGUCAGGCUCAUCGAGUACUCGUACUCGCGCGACAAGGUCAUCUACGACUGCAGAUUCGUGUCCACCGACGACGCCUGCGGAGACUUCGACUGUGCAGACUUCUGGAAACCAGCCUACACGCACGCAUUCGAGACGAUCUGCCACACGUUCGACCUGGCGAGGAAUCGCACGCCCAACCACCCCUACUGGAAAUGCCCCAGUCCUUGGAAAUACAAGAUGUUAGCGUCCAUCAGCGCCCGCAGCGAGAACGCGUACCAGGCGGCCAACGAGACGGCCUUCCUGACGGGCCACUUCCACCAGCAGAACGUGAUCGCCAACGGCGAGCGGAACACCAUGCGCUUCCAGUCCGGCUACAAGUACAAGAUCGCAUCGUACCAGACGAAUACCAACUCGUUGCCUUAUCCCUACGAGACCAUGUGCAGUGACUACGUGCGCUUGUCCCAAGAGCUCGGCUACAAAGAAUACAUCAUACAGUCGGAGGAAUGUUCGGAGAACUGCCUCAUGGAGCUGUGGCACGAGAACUGCGGCUGCACUUCCAAGUUGUACGGCUUGAAGCACGAGCGGCAUCAGGGCUUGUGCGACAUUUUCGACCACGUGCAGUGCACGGACUUGAUGAAGAGGGAUCUGUGGAGACCCACGUGUCUGGCAAAGUGUACCCAACCCUGCGAGGAAAUCAAGUACAAGACCCAGUCGUACGUGGCUCACAGGAUACCACAGAACGACAGCAGGCUGAACGCGGUGGAGUUUGUGAUCCAGAUGGGCUCGGACAAACGCCGCAUUGUUCGAGGAUACCCCAGGAUGGAGGUUGCAGGACUGAUCACCUAUCUGGAGGGCCACAUCAGCAUGUGGCUUGGACUGUCCAUCCUAGCAAUCUCAACAGGGAUCGUCAAAAUCCAGCAGAAGAUCCUCCAGAGCUUGCUUUCCUGAAAACUGCAGAUCUAUUGUCUCUCCUCACCCUCUUCAGAUUACUUAGUAUCAGACCUUGACUGCUCUCCUGUAUCGCUUUCUUUCAAGGCUAAGACCCAAGGUACAAAGUGCCUGGACAUGAAAGGCAGGCAUUUUGGGAGGGCAGGGCAUACUGCCAGGCCCAUAUCAGAGCCCAAAAUGUGCACAACAACAAUUGGCAAUAGCAGUAAACCCUUGUCCCUCUGAAUGUUAUCGUGGGAGAUAGCUCCAUAUCUCUACUGCUUCCUGCGUCAAAGCCUCUAGCUGGGUCCCCACAGAGGAGAGAUUAGUAGAGCACCAAGAUAAGCACAGUGAAA